AUGGAACCAAAGGAAAACGGAAUUGAGCUUUCCCCUGUGGAGAUGGCAAAGCGUAUGGCUUGCCAUAUGGCUGUCGAUGAAAAUUACCCAAAACACCCAAAGGUAAUUGGCAUUGGCAGUGGCAGCACAGUAAUUUAUGUUGUUGAACGUCUUUUAACAAAGCCCGGUGUCGAAAACGUUGUCUUCCUUCCUACCGGAUUUCAGUCCAAAGAAUUAAUUGUCACUAGCGGUCUCCGAUUAGGUGACCCAGAUUGUUAUCCUGAUGUUGACGUUUGUUUCGACGGUGCCGACGAGGUAGACGAUAGCUUGCAGUGCAUCAAGGGUGGUGGUGCUUGCUUGUUCCAAGAAAAAUUAAUUGGAUUCCUGGCAAAGCGCCUUGUCAUUGUCGCUGACUCUCGGAAAAAUUCCCAUAUGCUUGGCGAAUACUGGAAGAAAGGAGUUCCCAUUGAAGUUAUGCCCAUGGCUUAUACUUCUAUCUUACCUCAAUUGGUUGCUUUAGGUGCUCUUGACCCCAAAUUGCGUAUGGGUGCUCCUGGUAAAGCCGGCCCUGUCGUUACUGACAAUGGCAACUUCAUUAUCGAUGCCAGUUUUGGUUUAAUUAAGAACCCUGAAGGGCUUUUUGAAAAAAUCAAACUUUUGGUUGGUGUUGUAGAAGUGGGUAUUUUUUGUAAUAUGAUUUCUGCUGCUUACUUUGGCAGUCAAGAUGGUAGCGUUACCGUCAAAAAAUCCAAUGGUGAUAACCAUAUUAUUCCUCCUAAGAUUACUGCUACGGCUACCGAAUUUGAUGCAAUCGUCGCCGAGAGUAAUGCUACACCAUUAAAAUAG